ACUUUUGAACUAAUGACGGUUUAUAUUACGGGACACAAAUCACGUUCGACCAUUGUGAUAAAUAGCAGGACUUGGUGAUUGGUUAUUAAGAAGUUUCGAAAGUUUCGAAGAACUGCCUCAGUACUAGCAUAGACAUACUAAAAUGGAUGUGAUAAAUGUUUGCGUACGCAUUAAUUCGAAAUGCAAGAUGUGUUAGUCAUAAUAGAGGAAAUACUUUAAAAUAUAUCUAAACAGAGAGGCAAUUGUUAAUUGAAAUACUACACUUUAAGUAGAGAAAACGUUUUAAUUUUGAUGUGGUGUGUUGAAAUAUGUUUAAAUAAAUUCUAGUAAUGGAAACGCUUUUAAUAGAUUACCAAAAUGUUAAUCUGUGGUGGAAAAAGUUCUUCUGUAGUCAGAAUGUGCACAUGUAAUUUCGAGAUAUUAGACCUGAACAAAAAAUAAAUAAAAUGAGGAGUUUAACGCCGCCGACGACACCAACAAGAGCAAGCCUUGUGAUGGAGGAAGGUCCCCUUGGAAAUCAGUCUAAGAUGACAUGGUUCCGAGCGUUCCGUGGCGAUUUCGGGUACUCGAACUACGGAGAUUACCGAACAUCUGUCACCUGGGAUAUUCCAUUUGCUGCAAUAAUCUACACGUGCAUCCUCAUAUCACUGGCAGCAAUCAUAGCAGCUGCAGGAAUCAGGGGAAAAGAGAGAUGGUAUACCCUGGUUCGAUUGGUAUAUAGUUUGGCUGUAGGCAGUAUUAUUCUAGUCAGCGUGUUUGGGUAUUGCUGGCAAUUGGGAGAAGUGGGAGUACAUUCUCCAUAUAUCUACAGAAGUAACGGGCAUAUUCAGGGUACAUUGGGAAUACGUAUAGGACUCAAAACUGUUAAUCUGACACUGCAAGGAACAUUUCGUGCAGAUGACAGUUCAUUUAAGUACAAUGAGGAACUCCAAUUAGCUAACGUGAUAAAAACUCAGCAGCAGACUUGGAGCGCCUUGGAGCGAGGUCUGCCGCAGCCGUUACUGUCCAUUAUCGAACAUUUUGAUAUUGAUGCAGGUGGCCUCAGGUUUGGACGAUCAUCUUUCAUGGCCGGUUAUUUUGCUCAUAUAUUACUUUGGUCUGCGUUUGCUUUCUGGGUGACUGGAAAUAUACUUCUUUGCAGUGUGAUUUGGUAUGGUGCCGCGUGUUUCACACUGACUGGAGUGUGUAUGGUCCUAGCGGCAGUUGUGUAUGACUACCUCUGUCCUCAGUCCGGCAUUAGAAUGCCUUGUUCUGAUGGCGCUCUUAUACUUACAUACGGCUGGUGUUUCUGGUCAACACUUGUAUUUGGGGUUUUAACUACAAUCAUUGGUUUGAUCUUGUUCACCCUUGAUCAAAAGGUUCCGAAGAAAUUAGCAGAAUUUUUCCUCCUGGAUAAUUCACUGGACGAGCAGGAAGAAUACAAACAACUGCCCACAAAUUUCACAAAUGCGUCAAGCCACACGUCAACGCAGAAUACGCCAGAUACGUCCGUUAGAUAUGUAAACGAACGAAGGACUUCACAAGGAGCACCUUUAAACUGGUACGUAAAUUAUGGUUAUGACAGUCAAAGGUCGCACAAAGGCAAUCCAGUGUAUAACGAACAUGUGCUCGAUACCUCAUUUACAGGAAAUGAGUCUUUCGAAUCUAUUCGACCACGUGCUUUCAGUAACAUAAAGGAAGAGGAAGACCAGAUCGAGACAAAUCUCAAUGACGGGCAUGAACAAGCUGACGUUCCCGUGGCAACAGAUCCAGACAUGAACUUAGACAGACUGAGUGGUAUUUAUGUUGACGUUGAACCGAAUCACAAACGUCAUUCCUUGAAUGCCAAAAAGCCGUAUAUGAAGGAGCUUGAUGCGAUGAUUAACACUUGAUGACGAGACUAAGGGUGGAGUAGCAGAGGUGCAGAUGAAAACAAUUUUAGGUCCAUUGAUUUGCUUGAAUUCCAUGUGUAACUUGCACUAUGCUAGAAAAGUAUUUAUUAGAUUUUAACUAACAAGGGUACUGUGAGCUAUUUGACACAAACGGAGAAGCAUCUCAAUAAUGCGCAUGUGCUACGUUGAUAAAAGUAUCAAUGACUCGGGUGUUUCAUGGUAUUACCAGAGACUAACAAAGUGUUGUAACCGCUAUUAAAGAACGGUUUUAACCUAUAUAACCAACACUGAAGUGUUUAGCUCUAGAAAAGACACAAAUAAACGUGUAUUUAGCGGUGUGGUGUGAAUGGGUAAGAUAUGGACAUGAGAUAGAAAGGAGGUGGAAUUUUGUGAAAAUCCUGAUAUAUUUAAGUGUUUCGAGGACUUUCUAACAGUGAAAAUGAUUGGUUGAUUUUGUUUUCGCCUAUUAAAAGAUAUUUCUAUGCUUUACUAAAACGCAUGCUGAAAUAUUUUUCAAACGUUGACAUCAUCAUUGCUUUUUGUUAUAAGUUUGUAGGUUAAUUUCACAUGUUCUGUUUUGACAACGACAACUAUGAAAUGUAGAUGAGUUUUGAUAUUUGUUCCACAUAUUACUUUUAUUUGAAAUUGUAAAAGGGCGAUAGAGAGAGAGGUGUCUAACUUGGAAUGUGUUUUUAUAGGUUUAGUUUUCUGCUUUCCAUUACGUUAGUAUAACACGCUUACAUAUUAACAAUAUUUCCUUCAAUCACGACCACAAAAUAAAGGCAGUGAAUAAAAAAAUACCGCAUUUUUGCCCAUUUAGCGCUUGAUUUGAUAUUUUUUUAUUAUUCUUUGAUAUGAAGUUAUUACUACAAAAAUUUCAACAUACAUAAUCAAAGGGCAAAAGGGUCGGACAACAAGUUCUGCGCUAAACGUAAUUCAGGAAAAAGUUACAAUUACAAUUCUGAUUUGAUAUUUGAAUUGUGACUGUUUUGAAUAAUAACGAAAAAUGAUACAACGACUUCUAGCUUGCGAGGAAAGGAAUAUUAGCAUUAAGCUUUUUAACAUAUGGUAAGACUGUACCUGGUGGUUAUUAUGGAAUUUGAUUUAAACCUUCAGCUUCAAUGUCCAUAAGCAAUAUAUGGCAUCAUUCAAGAAUUAUUUCGAUACUAUAAUCAAGCAACCGCGUUGUGAUAUCUGAGUGUUACAAAAGCAGUUUAACCACUUUUUUUUACAGUUUGUGAAACAUGUGUAACUUAUUGCAUUAACGAGAAACGAAAGGGGAACCCUUUGUUAUAAUAUAUGACUACAUUGUCUUUCAAUUUUUAUGUGAUUCAUUGCGUUUUCAUUGCAUAAUAUAUUACAUAUUUAGUUUCAGUGAACACAUUAGCAUAUUUAACAAUUCUGAUGACAAUCUGACUAAAGUACAUCUCCUAUUACGCUACGCAUAGGAUCUGAGAACGACCUAUUCAUGGCCUCGUUCUGACGACCCUUUCGCUAGCCAAUCAGAGCCUAGCUUACAACAUUUUGCAAAUCUACCUGUAGCCUUGACUUUUAAUAUUUACAAUUCUUAUGUCGUAUUGUGUCAGAUGACCGGUUAGCUCAGUCGGUAGGCCACUUGCUUUGUAAGCGAGGUGUCCCGGGUUCGAGCCCUGAAACAGCUGCAUAUUUUUCUUACUCUUUGGCAUUCGAACAAGUCGUCUGAUUGGUUAAAAUAAAAAUAGCAAUACUGGAAAUCCAAAAUAUACAGAAGACGUAUGUGAAUGGGUCGUUCUCAGAUCUUCGUUUAGAAGAUCAAGUACUUUAGUCAGAUUGAUUCUGAUGACUACUUAACAGUCUAUAUCUGUGUAUAAAUAAUGUUUUUUCUGUGAUUUUUGACAAAGAAAUCAAUUUGACGAAAUAGAUAUUCUAUACAUUUUAUAUUAACCUCCAUCACAUGUGGCUUAUUAAUGAUUUUUUUCUUUUCGGCUAGAAAGUAGUUUGCGUACAUGGUCAUUUCAUUGUCGAUUGUUUUAGCAAGGUUUGCUAUGUGUGUACCGAAAUAGAUAUACUGUAGGUAUUAUUUUUAAUUUAGAAAACUUUGUAGGAAUUGCCUGUUAUGAUUUAUACCGUCAUUGCAAUUGUACCAUUUAUUUUAUGUUCAUCUAUGUGUUAUAUUCUGAUUCGUUAUAUCAGUAAAAUAUUGUUUUAUCUAAUAAUUUGUCUAUCAUAAAAGCGUCCC